AUGAUAAAUGGGCAGCCAGAGUGUGUGCCUGUCUCUCGGGGCACAUGCUGGGCUGGAGGAUACUUUCAUUACCACACCUUCGAUGGACGGGUGUAUGGUUUCCAUGGCACCUGCAACUACACGGUGGCUAAGACCUGCAGGGAUGACUCUGUCCUGCCCUCCUUCCACGUCUUGGCCAAGAGCGAGAACAGUGGGAACACACAGGUUUUCUACAUUGCGUCGGUGACUGUCCAGGUGGAUGGAGUCACUGUCACAGCAGCCAGGGCUGAGGUCGGCUUUGUGUGGGUGAAUAACACCAGGGCCCACUUACCCAUCUCCCUGAACAAUGGGACUCUUCGGCUCUAUCAGAGCGGCACCUCCCUCGUCCUCCGCACUGACUUCAACCUCAGGGUGUCCUAUGACUGGAACAACCACCUGAGGGUCACCGUCCCUAAUGACUUCUCCAACAGCCUGUGUGGCCUGUGCGGCAACUAUAAUGGGGACCCCUCCGAUGACUUCCGGACCCCAGACGGGGACCUGGCUCCCAGUGUCGCUGCCCUGGGGAAAAGCUGGGCAGUGGAAGAUGAGGAUCAGUUUUGCUGGCACGAUUGCAUUGGAGGUUGCAGGCCCUGUGCCGCCAGCAUAGCCAGAAAGUACAAGGAGGAGGCCUUGUGUGGCCUGAUAGCCAAGGUCUCAGAUGGGCCCUUCAGCCAGUGCCACACCAAGGUGGAUCCUACAGUCUACUUGGACAACUGCGUGUACGAUCUAUGCCACAACGACGGCUACAGGACAGCCCUGUGUGAGGCCCUGAAGGCCUAUGCAGAUGCCUGCCAGCUGGAGGGGGUCAGGAUUGGGGAAUGGAGGCAGCUGGCCAGAUGCCUCAUGGAGUGCUCCCUGGAGAACAGCCAGUACCAGCUGUGUGGAACAGCCUGCCCAGCCACGUGCGUGGACCAGUCAGCCCCCAGCAGCUGCCAAGACCCCUGCGUGGAAAGCUGCCAGUGCAAAGAUGGUUUUGUGCUGAGCCAGGGCAAAUGCAUCCCCAAGGGCAGCUGUGGGUGCCUCUUUGAGGGACGCCCCUAUGCCCCCAAUGAGAGUUUCUGGGUUGAUGAGGCAUGUGGGACACGGUGCAUGUGCAACGCAGCCACUAGACAAGUUGAAUGCGUGGCCGCUACAUGCAAACACUCGGAGAGGUGCGGGCUAGUGAACGGCAUACGGGGCUGUUACCCCUCCAGCUAUGCCACUUGCUCUGUGACACGGAAUCUGCACUACACCACCUUUGAUGGACAGAGAUACGACUUCCAAGGCACCUGCCGCUACCAGCUAACUAUCCUAUGCAAGAAGGGAGAGGGACUGGUGGACUUUGAAGUCUACUUCCAGGAAAGCAAUGCUGCUCCUGUGCAGAUCAAGGUCUAUGAGACCGACAUCAGGGUCAGCAAUCAAUUCCCUGGGAAAAUCAUGGUGAACAGUUUCCUGAUUACCCUUCCCUUCAACCUCAAUGAUAAGAAAAUCACUAUGUAUAAAAAGGGUUGGGCCACAAUGAUCCAGACAGACUUUGGUCUCACCGUUACCUAUGCCAGGUGGUCAGGACGUACCACAAUCACUCUGCCAGUCACCUAUGCGGGAGCUGUGUGUGGUCUGUGUGGCAGUUUCAACAGGGACAGGGAGGACGACAUGCUCAUGAGGGAUGGUACACUGGCACCAAACCCCAUCAGCUUUGGCCAGAGCUGGAAGGUGGGAGACCUCCCAGGAUGCACUGCAGUAACGAUACCACCAUGCACAAGUAUAGAGGCUAUUGAAAAACAACAACGAGGUAGCAGAGGGCAGUGUGGGCUCAUCUUAUACAAGAGUGGCCCUUUCAGAGGAUGUCACAGCAAGGUGGACCCCCAUGGAUACUUCGUAGACUGCGUGUACGGCUAUUGCGUCCUUAAUGGGCAGGAGAGUAACGUCUGCCAGGCCGUUGCUGGCUAUUCUGAGGCAUGUCAGGAAGCUGGAGCUAUGGUGCGUCCCUGGAGGACUCCGAAAUUCUGCUCUCCGUCCUGUCCCGCGAACAGUCACUAUGAAUUCUGCAGCAGCAGCUGCGAUCUGACAUGCAGCAACCUCUAUGCCCCGGUGCAAUGCACAACCCAGUGUAAGGAAGGCUGCGUGUGUGAUGAGGGCUUUGUUCUCAGUGAUGACUGCUGCGUCCCCAUUUCCCAGUGCGGAUGCCUCCACAGGAGACUUUACUACCAGGCCGGGGAGACCUUCCACCCGAGCGGUUCAUGCAAGGAGCAGUGCGUGUGUCAGGCUGGUGGGGAGGUUGUGUGUAAGGCAUUCUCCUGUGGUGCUGGUGAGGAAUGUGGGGUGGUGGACGGUGUCCAAAAAUGCCACCCAUUUGGAUCUGCAACCUGUUCUGCCUCUGGUCAUUCCCACUACCUCUCUUUCGAUGGAGUCUCCUUUGACUUCCAAGGCACCUGCACCUACCUCCUGGCCAAGACCUCCACCAAUGCCAGUCAUCUUACACCAUUUACUAUCAGCAUAGAGAAAGAAGAUUGGGGCCCAAGGAACAUGUCUGUGGCCAAACUGUUAUCCAUUAAGGUGUAUGGGAUCACACUCACCCUGCUGCAAAACAAACAAGGGCUCAUCAUGGGCCAGCCUCCCAUCUUCCUCCUGCUGCUCUUGCAGGGGAAUCAGGUGAUUCGUGCUCCUCAGGUGAACGGGGUGUCCCACAACCUGCCAGUAAUCAUGGCUGAUGGGCAACUUAGAGCAUAUCAACAUGGCAGAAACAUUCUGGUGCAAACCAACUUCGGCCUCAUUGUGAGCUAUGACCUGGUUUACCAGGCCAGGGUCACCGUCCCAGAAAGCUACGAGGGCCAGACGUGUGGCCUGUGCGGGAACUACAAUGGACAGGAAGACGAGGAGUUUCUGCUCCCCGAUGGCAGGACAGCCCCUGAUGAGGCAGCAUUUGGGUCUGCUUGGGAAGUCCAGAUCCCAGGAGCAUCCUGUAUAGACAGAUGUGCUGGAAACAGCUGUCCAGUUUGUGAAGAGAAGAAGAAGGAUGUCUUCAAAGGGCACAACUACUGUGGGCUGCUCACAGACCCCGACGGCCCCUUCGCGGCCUGCCACGGCGCAGUCAGCCCCAGCGUGUAUCAGAGGAACUGCCUGUAUGAUCUGUGCCUGGGCAACAGGGACUCCCAGGUCCUGUGCCAGAGCAUCCAUAGCUAUGUAACGGCCUGCCAAGAGGCCGGGGCCCCCAUCCAGCCAUGGAGGAGCGCCUCCUUUUGCCCUGUGAGCUGCCCAGCCAACAGCCACUACGAAGUCUGCGCUGACCUCUGUACCACCACCUGCUCUGGAGACAUCAUGGACUGCCCAGAGACCUGUGCUGAAGGCUGCCAGUGUGACGACGGCUUCUUCUUCGAUGGCCAGGGCUGUGUGACUCUGCAGAGCUGUGGGUGCUUUGAGCAUGGGAGAUAUUACAAGCCCAAUGAGACAGUCCUGAUGAACGAAUGCCAGCAAAGCUGCACAUGUGUUCCUGCCCGAGGGGUGACCUGUAAAGGCCAUGGCUGCUCCCGAGAAGAAAUCUGCCAGAUUAGAGAUGGCGUCAGGGCCUGCAUCAGCAUAGUUAUUCCAAAGCCAUCCUGCAGUGUGGUCCGCUGCAGAGAAGGAACUAUUUGCAAGAUGAUAAAUGGGCAGCCAGAGUGUGUGCCAGUCUCCCAGGCCACGUGCUGGGCUGGGGGUUAUUUGCAUUACCACACCUUCGAUGGACGGGUGUAUGAUUUCCACGGCACCUGCAACUACACAAUGGCCAAGACCUGCAGGGAUGCCUCCAGCCUGCCCUCCUUCCAUGUCAUAGCCAAGAGCGAGAACAGUGGGAACACACAGGUCUUCUACAUUGGGUCGGUGACUGUCCAGGUGGAUGGAGUCACCGUCACAGCAGCCAGGGCUGAGGUCGGCUUUGUGGGGGUGAAUAACACCAGGGCCCACUUACCCAUCUCACUGAACAAUGGGACUCUUCGGCUCUAUCAGAGCGGCACCUCCCUCGUCCUCCACACCGACUUCAACCUCAGGGUGUCCUAUGACUGGAAUAACCACCUGAGGGUCACUGUUCCUAGAGUCUUUUUGAACAGCCUGUGUGGCCUGUGUGGCAACUAUAAUGGGGACCCCUCCGAUGACUUCCGGACCCCAGACGGGGACCUGGCUCCCAGUGUCGCCGCCCUGGGGAAAAGCUGGGCAGUGGAAGAUGAAGAUCAGUUUUGCUGGCACGAUUGCAUUGGAGGUUGUAGGCCCUGUGCCGCCAGCAUAGUCAGAAAGUGCAAGGAGGAGGCCUCGUGUGGCCUGAUAGCCAAGGUCUCAGAUGGGCCCUUCAGCCAGUGCCACACCAAGGUGGAUCCGACAGUCUACUUGGACAACUGUGUGUACGAUCUAUGCCACAACGACGGCUACAGGACGGCCCUGUGUGAGGCCCUGAAGGCCUAUGCAGAUGCCUGCCAGCUGGAGGGGGUCAGGAUUGGGGAAUGGAGGCAGCUGGCCAGAUGCCCCAUGGAGUGCCCCCUGGAGAACAGCCAGUACCAGCUGUGUGGAACAGCCUGCCCAGCCACGUGUGUGGACCAGUCAGCCCCCAGCAGCUGCAAAGACCCCUGCGUGGAAAGUUGCCAGUGUACGGAUGGUUUUGUGCUGAGCCAGGCCAAAUGCAUCCCUAAGGGGGGCUGUGGGUGCCAGUUUGAGGGGCGCCCCUAUGCCCCCAAUGAGAGUUUCUGGGUCGACGAGGAAUGUGGGACACAGUGCAUGUGCAAUGCAGCCACUAGACAAGUCAAAUGCGUGGCUGCUACGUGCAAACACUUGGAGAGGUGCGGGCUAGUGAACGGCAUACGGGGCUGUUACCCCUCCAGCUAUGCCACCUGCUCUUUGACAAGGAAUCUGCACUAUACCACCUUUGAUGGACAGAGAUAUGACUUCCAAGGCACCUGCCGCUACCAGUUCACAGCCCUGUGCGAGAAGGCAGAGGGGCUGGUGGACUUUGAAGUUAACUUCCAGGCAAACAAUACUGCUCCUCUACAGAUCAAGGUUUAUCAGACCAACCUCAGGAUCAGCAAUCAGUUCCCUGGGAAAGUCCUGGUGAACAGUUUUCUGAUGAAUCUUCCCUUCAACCUCAUUGAUAAGAAAAUCACUGUGUAUAGAAAGGGCUGGGCCACAGUGAUCCAGGCAGACUUUGGUCUCACCGUUACCUAUGCCGGGUGGUCAGGACGCAUCACGGUGACUCUGCCCGUUACCUACGCAGGAGCCGUGUGUGGUCUGUGUGGCAACUUCAACAGUGACAGGGAUGAUGACAUGCUCAUGAGGGAUGGCAUGCUGGCACCAAGCCCCAUCAGCUUUGGCCAGAGCUGGAAGGUGGGCAACCUCCCAGGAUGCUCUGCAGUAAUGAUACUACCAUGUGCAAGUGUAGAUGCUAUUGAAAAACAGCAACGAGGUAGCAGAGGGCAGUGUGGGCUCAUCCUCCAUAAGAGUGGCCCUUUCAGAGGAUGUCACAGCAAAGUGGACCCCCAUGGAUACUUCGUAGACUGCGUGUAUGGCUAUUGCGUCCUUAGUGGGCAGGAAAGUAACGUCUGCCAGGCUGUUGCUGGCUAUUCCGAGGCAUGUCAGGAAGCUGGAGCUGUGGUGCAUCCCUGGAGGACUACGAAAUUCUGCUCUCCGUCCUGUCCCCUGAACAGUCACUAUGAAUUCUGCAGCAGCAGCUGCGAUCUGACAUGCAGCAACCUCUAUGCCCCGGUGCAAUGUACGACCCAGUGUAAGGAAGGCUGCGUGUGUGACAAGGGCUUUGUUCUCAGUGGCGAGCGCUGUGUCCCCAUUUCCCAGUGCGGAUGCCUCCAUAAGGGAUUUUACUACCAGCCCUGGGAGACCUUCCACCUGAGUGGCUCAUGUAAGGAGCAGUGUGUAUGUCAGGCUGGUGGGGAAGUUGUAUGUAAGGCUUUCUCCUGCGGCGCUGGUGAGGAAUGCAGGGUGGUGGACGGCAUCCAGAAAUGCCACCCAUUUGGAUUUGUGACCUGUUCUGCCUCUGGCCAUCCCCACUACGUCUCUUUCGAUGGGGUCCCCUUUGACUUCCAAGGCACCUGCACCUACAUCCUGGCCAAGACCUGCACCGAUUCCAGCCACCUUACACCAUUCACUAUCAGCAUAGAGAAAGAAUCCUGGGGCAGUGAGAAUGUGUCCAUGGCCAAGCUGGUAUCCAUCCAGGUGUAUGGGAUCACACUCACGCUGCUGCAGAGCAAACAGGGGCUCAUCAUGGUGGACGGGGUAUCCCACAAUCUCCCCGUGAUAAUGGUCAAUGGGCAGCUCCGAGCAUAUCAGCAUGGCACUAAUGUCCUGGUUCAAGCCGACUUUGGCCUCACUGUGAGCUAUGACCUGGUUUACCAGGCCAGAGUCACCAUCCCAGGGACCUACCAGGGCCAGAUGUGUGGCCUGUGCGGGAACUACAAUGGACAGCAGGACGAGGAGUUCGUGCUCCCCAGUGGCAGGACAGCCCCUAAUGUGGCAGCAUUUGGCUCUGCUUGGGAAGUCGAGAUCCCAGGAGCAUCCUGUACAGACAGAUGUGCUGGAAACAGCUGUCCAGUUUGUGAAGAGAAGAAGAAGGACGUCUUCAAAGGGCGCAACUAUUGUGGGCUGCUCACAGACCCCGACGGCCCCUUUGUGGCCUGCCACAAUGUGGUCAGCCCCAGCGUAUAUCAGAGCAACUGCCUGUAUGAUCUGUGCCUGGGCAACGGGGAUGCACAGGUCCUGUGCCAGAACAUCCACAGCUACGUGACAGCCUGCCAAGAGGCUAAGGUCUUCAUCCAGCCCUGGAGGAGCGCAUCCUUCUGCGCUGUGAGCUGCCCGGUUAACAGCCAUUACGGGGUCUGCGCUGACCUCUGUACCACCACCUGCACUGGAGACAUCAUGGACUGCCCAGAGACCUGUGCUGAAGGCUGCCAGUGUGACGACGGCUUCUUCUUCGAUGGCCAGGGCUGUGUAACUCUGCAGAGCUGUGGGUGCUUCGAACAGGGGAGAUACUACAAGCCCAGUGAGACAGUCCUGAGAAAUGAGUGCCAGCAAAACUGCACUUGCGUUCCUGCCCGAGGGGUGACUUGCAAAGCUCACAGCUGCACCAGUGGAGAAGAAUGCCAGAUCAGAGACGGCCUCAUGGACUGCAUCAGCCAAGUUAUUCCAAAGCCAUCCUGCAGUGUGGUCUGCUGCAGCGAGGGAACUAUUUGCAAGAUGAUAAAUGAGCAGCCAAAGUGUGUGCCAGUCUCUCGGGGCACGUGCAGGGCCAGUGGAUACUUUCAUUACCACACCUUCGAUGGACGGGUGUAUGAUUUCCAUGGCAACUGCACCUACACAGUGGCCAAGACUUGCAGGGAUGCCUCCGGCCUGCCCUUUUUCCAUGUCACGGCCAAGAGCGAGAACAGUGGGAACACACAGGUCUUCUACAUUGGGUCGGUGACCGUCCAGGUGGAUGGAGUCACUGUCACAGCAGCCAGGGCUGAAGCCAGCUUUGUGUGGGUGAAUAACACCAGGGCCCACUUACCCAUCUCCCUGAACAAUGGGGCCCUUCGGCUCUAUCAGAGCGGCACCUCCCUCGUCCUCCGCACCGACUUCAACCUCAGAGUGUCCUAUGACUGGAACAACCACCUGAGGGUCACUGUCCCUAAUGACUUCUCCAACAGCCUGUGCGGCCUGUGCGGCAACUAUAAUGGGGACCCCUCCGAUGACUUCUGGACCCCAGACAGGGACCUGGCUCCCAGUGUCGCUGCCCUGGGGAAAAGCUGGGCAGUAGAAGAUAAGGAUCAGUUUUGCUGGCACGAUUGCAUUGGAGGUUGCAGGCCCUGUGCCGCCAGCAUAGCCAGAAAGUACAAGGAGGAGGCCUCAUGUGGCCUGAUAGCCAAGGUCUCAGAUGGGCCCUUCAGCCAGUGCCAUACCAAGGUGGAUCCUACAGUCUACUUGGACAACUGUGUGUACGAUCUGUGCCACAACGACAGCUACAGGACGGCCCUGUGUGAGGCCCUGAAGGCCUAUGCAGAUGCCUGCCAGCUGGAGGGGGUCAGGAUUGGGGAAUGGAGGCAGCUGGCCAGAUGCCCCAUGGAGUGCCCCCUGGAGAACAGCCAGUACCAGCUGUGUGGAACAGCCUGCCCAGCCACGUGUGUGGAUCAGUCAGCCCCCAGCAGCUGCCAAGACCCCUGUGUGGAAAGCUGCCAGUGCAAGGACGGUUUUGUGCUGAGCCAGGGCAAAUGCAUCCCCAGGAGCAGCUGUGGGUGCCAGUUUGAAGGGCGCCCCUAUGCCCCAAAUGAGAGUUUCUGGGUCGAUGAGGAUUGUGGGACACAGUGCAUGUGCAAUGCAGCCACUAGACAAGUCGAAUGCAUGGCCUCUACAUGCAAACACUUGGAGAGGUGCGGGCUAGUGAACGGCGUACGGGGCUGUUACCCCUCCAGUUAUGCCACCUGCUCUGUCACAAGGAAUCUGCACUACACCACCCUUGAUGGACAGAGAUAUGACUUCCAAGGCACCUGCCGCUACCAGCUCAUGGCCCUGUGCAAGAAGGCGGAGGGACUGGUGGACUUUGAGGUCUACUUCCAGGAGAACAAUACCGCUCCUCUACAGAUCAAGGUUUAUCAGACCAACCUCAGGGUCAGCAAUCAAUUCCCUGAGAAAGUGCUGAUGAACGGUUUCCUGAUUAACCUUCCUGUCAACCUCAUUGAUAAGAAAAUCACUGUGUAUAGAAAGGGCUGGGCCACAAUGAUCCAGACAGACUUUGGUCUCACUGUUAGCUUUGCCAGGUGGUCAGGACGCAUCACUGUCACUCUGCCAAUCACCUACACGGGAGCUGUGUGUGGUCUGUGUGGCAACUUCAACAGGGACAGGGAGGACGACUUGCUCAUGAGGGAUGGAACGCUGGCACGAAGCCCAGUCAGCUUUGGCCAGAGCUGGAAGGUGGGCGACCUCACAGGAUGCUCUGCAGUAACAAUACCACCAUGUGCAAGUGUAGAGGCUAUUGAAAAACAACAAAAAGGUAGCAGAGGGCAGUGUGGGAUCAUCCUAGACAAGGGUGGCCCCUUCAGAGGAUGUCACAGCAAAGUCGACCCCCGUGGAUACUUCGUAGACUGUGUGUACGGCUAUUGCAUCCUCAGUGGGCAGGAAAGUAACAUCUGUCAGGCUGUUGCUGGCUAUUCCGAGGCAUGUCAGGAAGCUGGUGCUACGGUGCAUCCCUGGAGGACAACAAAAUUCUGCUCUCCAUCCUGUCCCCUGAACAGUCACUACGAAUUAUGCAGCAGCAGUUGCGAUCUGACAUGCAGCAAUCUCUAUGCCCCGGUGCAAUGCACGAGCCAGUGUAAGGAAGGCUGCAUGUGUGAUGAGGGCUUUGUUCUCAGUGGUGACCACUGCGUCCCCUUUUCCCAGUGUGGAUGCCUCCACUGGGGACUUUACUACCAGGCUGGGGAGACCUUCCACCCAAAUGGUUCAUGUGAGGAGCAGUGCGUGUGUCAGGCUGGUGGGGAGAUUGUGUGUAAGGCAUUCUCCUGCAGUUCUGGUGAGGAAUGCAGGAUAGUGGAUGGCAUCCAGAAAUGCCACCCAUUUGGAUCUGCGACCUGUUCUGCCUCUGGCCAUCCCCACUACCUCUCUUUCGACGGGGUCUCCUUUGACUUCCAAGGCACCUGCACCUACAUCCUGGCCAAGACCUGCACUGAUGCCAGUCACCUUACACCAUUCACUGUCAGCUUAGAGAAAGAAGAUUGGGGCACCAGGAAUGUGUCCAUGGCCAAGCUGGUGUCCAUUCAGGUGUAUGGCAUCACCCUCACCCUGCUGCAGAGCAAACAGGGACUCAUCAUGCGCAGCAGGAUGGGAACAGAUCGGUGGGGAGUGAUUCGAGUGGGAAUAGCGGUGCUGAUGAUCUCUGAGGACCUAACAAAAAUCACAUUACAUUUGCCCAAGGGGAACAGCUGGGAUGUGGUGAAGUCAGCUCCCAAACAGGUGCAGACGAAGAGCCGGGUGGAUGGGGUGUCCCACAACCUGCCUGUGAUCGUGGCCGAUGGGCGACUCUGGGCAUAUCAGCACGGCAGGAACGUCUUGGUGCAAACUGACUUUGGCCUCACUGUGAUCUACGACCUGGUUUACCAUGCCAGAGUCACUGUCCCAGGGAGCUACCAUGGCCGGAUGUGCGGCCUAUGCGGGAACUACAAAGGGCAGCAGGAUGACAAGUUCCUGCUCCCUGAUGGCAGGGUGGCCCCCGACACUGCAUCCUUCGGGUCUGCCUGGGAAGUUCAGACCCCAGAGGCAUCCUGUACAGACAAAUGUGCUGGGAACAGCUGUCCGGUCUGUGAGGAGGAGAGGAAAGAUGUCUUCAAAGAGCACAACUACUGCGGACUGCUCAUAGCCCUUGACGGCCCUUUUGCCACCUGCCAUGGCACGGUCAGCCCCAGCGUGUAUUUCAACAACUGCCUGUAUGAUUUGUGCCUGGGCAACGGGAACUCCCAGGUCCUGUGCCAGAGCAUCCACAGCUACGUGACGGCCUGCCAAGAGGCCAAGGUCACCAUCCAGCCCUGGAGGAGCGCCUCCUUCUGCCCUCUGACCUGCCCAGCCAACAGCCACUAUGAGGUCUGUGCUGACCUCUGCACCACCUGCACUGGAGACAUCAUGGACUGCCCGGAGACCUGUGCUGAAGGCUGCCAGUGUGACGAGGGCUUCUUCUUCAACGGCCAGGGCUGCGUGACUUUGGAGAGCUGUGGGUGCUUUGAGCAUGGAAGAUACUACAAGCCCAGCGAGACGAUGCUGACGAAUGAGUGCCAGCAGAGCUGCACCUGCGUUCCUGCCCGAGGGGUGACCUGCAAAGCCCACAAUUGCACCAGAGAAGAAACCUGUCAGAUCAGAGACGGUAUCAUGGGCUGCAUCAGCAAAGAUCCCUGCAAAACCCUAGAAUGCCGGAUCAAGGAGACAUGCAAAAUUGACGAUGGCCAAGAGGCAUGUGUUCCUGACCUCACUGGAAUUUGCCUGGGUGCAGGGGAUGCACAGUACCAAACCUUUGAUGGCCUGAAGUUUGACUUGCAGGGCACCUGCAAGUACACCAUCGCUAAGUACUGUGGCAGCGACCCUACCCUGGAGCCCUUCACCAUUAAUGAGAAGAACAACGACAGGGGGAACCAGGAUAUCUCCUUUUGGCAGGUGACGAAUAUUUACGUCUAUGGGUACAACAUCUCCAUCUACAAGAGGGAAGUUGGCAAAGUCCGGCUGAACAGUGUGAUCACCAGUCUCCCAGUGACACUGAAAGACGGUAAAAUCAGACUGUACCAGAAAGACCUCAGUACCGUCCUGCAGACGGACUUCGGCCUCCAGAUUACAUAUGACAAAAAUUGGCAUGUAGUGAUCACCCUCCCCAGCAGCUAUUAUGGGGCCACGUGCGGCCUAUGUGGGAACUUCAACCAGAAUCCAGAAGAUGACAUGACAUCAUCCAAUGGCACCAGAGUCUCCUCCAUUGUGGGCUGGGCUGCCAGUUGGAAAGUCCAAGACCGGGAUCCCAUUUGCUGGGAUUAUUGCCAAGACACUUGUCCAAUGUGUGAUGAGAGCAAGAGAGAUCUGUAUGGGGAUGACAGUCACUGUGGGUUGAUCAGUAAAGCACCGGGAGGGCCCUUCAGAGAGUGUCACUCCAGGGUGAGCGCCGAUGACUUCUUUGACAGCUGCGUUUAUGACAUGUGUCUGAAUGAGGGGGACAAGAGCAUUCUGUGUGAGGCGCUGGAGUCCUAUGCGAAUGCCUGCAGGAAGCAUGGGGUCACUGUCGAUGACUGGAGGAUGCCGUCCAGUUGUGAUGCCUGCAAAGCUCUGAAAUGCUGGAACAAAGAGACAUGCCGGACUGAGGAUAGCCACACAGCAUGUAUUCCUGACUACAUGGCAACCUGCUUGGGCUCAGGGGACAUGCACUACCAAACUUUUGAUGGUCUGAAGUUUGACUUCCAGGGCACCUGCACCUACAUCCUGGCCAAAUACUGUGGGAACAAUGCCACCCUGGAGCCUUUCACCAUUGAUGAGAAGAAUGACAAUAGGGGAAGCCAGGAUAUCUCCUUUCUGCGGGUGACCAACAUCUACAUCUAUGGGUACAACAUCUCCAUCUACAAGAGGGAAGUUGGCAAAGUCCGACUAAAUGGUGUGAUCACCAGUCUCCCGGUGAUGCUGAAAGAUGGUAAAAUCAGACUGUACCAGAAAGGCCUCAGCACUGUUAUGCAGACAGACGUUGGUCUCCGGGUGGGGUACAACAAGAACUGGCAUCUGGAAAUCACCCUCCCCAGCAGCUAUUAUGGUGCCAUGUGUGGUCUUUGUGGGAACUUCAACCAGAACCCAGAAGACGACCUGAUGUCCUCCAACAGCAUCAAAGUCUCCUCCAUCGUGGGCUGGGCUGCCAGUUGGAAAGUCCAAGACCGGGACCCCUUUUGCUGGGAUUAUUGCCAAGAGACUUGCCCAAUGUGUGAUGAGAUCAAGAGAGAUCUGUAUGGGGAUGACAGUCACUGUGGGGUGAUCAGUAAAGCACUGGGAGGGCCCUUCAGAGAGUGUCAUUCCAGGGUGAGCCCCGACGACGUCUUUGACAACUGUAUCUAUGACGUGUGUCUGAAUGAGGGGAACAAGAUCAUUCUAUGUGAGGCGCUGGAGGCCUACGCGGACUCCUGCAGGGACCAUGGAGUCACUGUCUAUGACUGGAGGACUCCAUCCAGCUGUGAUGAAUUUGGAGAUUGGAAUUCUGUCCAAACAGGUGGCAAUGGAACUAAUUCGACAGUUUACCCUGUUGAUAGAGGGGACGAAAUAUGCAAAGCCCUGCAAUGCCGGACCAAGGAGUUAUGCAAGACAGAGGAUGGCCACACAACAUGUGUUCCCGACUAUGUGGGAACUUGCUGGGGCUGGGGGGACCCACAUUAUCACACCUUUGAUGGCCUGAAGUUUGACUUGCAGGGCACCUGCACCUACACCAUCGCCAAUUACUGUGGCCAUGACCCCUCCCUGGAGACUUUUACCAUUGAGGAGAAGAAUGAUAACAGGGGGAGCCAGGCCAUCUCCUUUCUACGUGUGACCAACAUCUAUGUCUAUGGGUACAACAUCUCCAUCUACAAGAGGGAAGUUGGCAAAGUCCGGCUAAACGGCGUGAUCACCAGUCUCCCAGUGACACUGUCAGACGGUAAAAUCAGAAUGUACCAGAGCGGCUUCCGCGCCAUCCUGCAGACGGACUUUGGUCUCCGGGUGGCAUACAACUGGGACUGGCAUCUGAUGAUCACCCUCCCCAGCAGUUACUAUGGGGCCACGUGUGGCCUAUGUGGCAACUUCAACCAGAACCCUGAAGAUGACAUGAUGUCAGCCAGCGGAACCAGAGUCUCCUCCAUCGUGGGCUGGGCUGCCAGUUGGAAAGUCCAAGAUCGGGAUCCGUUUUGCUUGGAUUCCUGCCAAGAGAACUGCCUGAGAUGUGAUGAGAGCACAAGGGAGCUGUACGGGGGCGACAGUCACUGUGGGUUGAUCAGCAAAGCACUGGGAGGGCCCUUCAGAGAGUGUCACUCCAGAGUGAACUCCAGUGAAUUCUUCGAUAUCUGCAUCUAUGACGUGUGUCUGAACAGGGGCGCUAUGAGAAUCUUGUGCCAGGCGCUGGAGGCCUAUGCAGCAACCUGCAGAGACCACGGGGUCACUGUCUAUGACUGGAGGAUGCCAUCUGGCUGUGCCCUGCCCUGCCCUGAGAACAGCCACUAUGAGGCCUGUGGGAAUGCCUGCCCCGCCAGCUGCUCUGACCGAACUGCCCCCUCCUCCUGCCAGGAGCCCUGCGUGGAGACCUGCCAGUGUAAUGACGGUUACGUCCUCAGUACUGACAAGUGCGUACCCCUGGAGAGUUGCGGCUGUGACUACAAUGGCUACUACUACAAACCCAGUGAGGAGUUCUGGGCCGAUGAGAACUGCCACUCUCGGUGCAGUUGUGACUCCAGCCUGGGCACAGUGGUUUGCAGAAAGACCACUUGCAAGCCCAAAGAAAGAUGCUCUGUGGUCAAUGGGGUCCGUGGCUGCCAUACAAUCAGCUACUCUACCUGCAUAGGUACUGGAGACCCUCACUACACCACCUUUGAUGGGAAAAAGUAUGAUUUCAUGGGCACCUGCAUCUACCAGUUCGUGGCUCUCUGCUCCGAGGACCCCACACUUACUCCGUUCAAUGUCAAAGUGGAAAACAACAACCGAGGCAGUAAGGCUGUGUCCUUCACCAAAAGGGUGACCUUAGAGGUCUACAACGCGACCAUCAGUCUGAGCCAGGAGUAUCCACGCAAGAUCCAGGUCAAUAGUGUCUUUGUGGACCUGCCCUUCUCCUACCAGCACAAGUUCAAGGCCUACAUCAGUGGAGUCCACGGCUUUAUCCAGACUGAUUUCGACCUGAGAGUGAGCUUUGACUGGUACAGCUAUGCCAGAGUCAUCAUACCCAAUACGUACGCCAAUGCCGUCUGCGGCCUCUGUGGCAAUGCCAAUCAGGACCCCAGCGAUGAUCUGACCAUGAAGGAUGGAACUCAGACAUCUGAUGAGAUUCAGUUCGCAGAGAGCUGGAAGGUGGGGGAGGUGCCAGGGUGCUCGUCUAGCUGCACCGGGGAUUGCUCAGUCUGCAGUGAGGCUCAGAAACAACCCUACAAGGGAGACCAGUACUGCGGGGUCCUCACCCGACAGAACGGGCCAUUCAGGCACUGCCACGGGGCCAUCAACCCAGCUCCCUUCUUUGAUGAUUGUCUCUAUGACACUUGCCAGUACAAGGGUCACCAGGACACUCUGUGCAGCGCAAUCAGCGCCUACGUCACAUCCUGCCAGGCCAGGGGCAUCCGGAUAGGGCAGUGGAGAUCGGCCUCGUUCUGCAGACCCACCUGCCCGCUUAACUCUCACUACGAACUCUGUGGAAUCAGCUGCCCUUCCAACUGCAACGACCUGUGGGCUCUAGAUCAGUGUGAGAAGUCCUGUGCUGAAGGGUGUUUCUGUGAUGCUGGAUUCACCCUGAGUGGUGACAAGUGCAUCCCUGUCACACAGUGUGGCUGUGUGCACAAGGCCGUGUAUUACAGGAAGGGAGAGGAGUUCUACCCCAGCGCCUCCUGCCAGGAGCGCUGCCUGUGCAAAGACAAUGGGGUCGUCGAGUGCCAGGAGGCCUCCUGUGGACCCAGUGAGGAGUGUAGGGUGGAGAACGGAGCCCUGGGCUGCCACGCCACGGGAUAUGGAACCUGCGUUGCAUCUGGUGGACCUCACUACAUCUCCUUUGAUGGACGGGCCUUCGACUUCCAGGGCUCCUGCGCUUACACCUUAACCAAGGUCUGCAGCAGAGACUCUGGAUUGGGGAACUUCUCUGUGGUGAUGGAGAAUGAGAGCCCUGGUGGUGGCCACAUGGCUGUGAUGAGGACAGUGGUGGUGUCCCUGCAUGGUUACACCAUCGCCAUGGAGAGGGGGAGGAAGUGGAAGAUUGCGGUGGGUGGUGAGCUCUACACCCUCCCACUGGCUACGGACGAUAGGAAACUUUGGAUUGACCAAAAGGGGAACAACAUCAUUGUCCAGUCAGCCUCUGGCCUCAAAGUCUUUUACGACACUGCCUCCUACCUCCUAGUGUCCGUCCCCAGCACCUAUAAGGGACAUGUGUGCGGCUUGUGUGGCAACUUUAAUGAUGACAAGAACGAUGAUCUCCUGCUGCCCGGUAUGAAGAGUACCCAGAAUGUGGAUGAAUUUGUCGCCUCCUGGAAGGUGCCUGUUGAUGGUGCCACAUGCUCUGAUGGCUGUGGUGAGAAGUGCCCCGUCUGUGAUGCAGCCCAGACAGCACCGUACCAGACUGAGAGCUCCUGUGGGCUGAUCACAGCCACCUCGGGUCCCUUCAGACACUGUCACUCAAUAAUCAGUCCUGUUGAGUACUUCAACCACUGUCUUUAUGACUUGUGUGCCACCAACGGAAGGGGAGAGACCCUCUGCCAGAGCCUGCAGGCCUAUGUGGCUGCAUGCCAAGCAGCUGGGGCCAAGAUCGAGACCUGGAGAACAGCCUCCUUCUGCCCCCUCGCCUGCCCAGCUAACAGCCACUACGAGCUGUGUACCAGAUCCUGCAAUUUCACCUGUGCCAGUUUGUUUGCCCCUGCCCAAUGCACCGGGAAGUGCUUUGAAGGCUGCUGGUGUGAUCCAGAAUACGUGUCCGAUGGGGAGGCAUGUGUCUCCAUGGAUAGGUGUGGCUGUGUGCACAAUGGACGCUACAUCGAGGUGGGUGCUGGCUUUGUCUCCAGCAACUGCUCCGAGAAAUGCACCUGCCACGCUUCAGGCGAGGUCAUCUGUGAGGAAACAAACUGUACCGGAGGGGAGAAAUGCAUACUCAGGAAUGGGGUGCGCAGCUGUGUGGAGCAGAUGGGCCAGUGCACGCUGGCCCCAGGAAUAUGGUUCACCUCCUUUGAUGGUGCCACGAGCGAAGUCCUCCUUGACGGGGCCUAUGAGGUGACUUCCCUCUGUGAAGGGAUCAACCUCCCCUUGUUCCGGAUGGUGGUCAGUGUGUUCAGAGAAGGUGGCUUGGUCAUUCCUGAAGGCAUCUCCGUUUUCUUUGAUGAGGGUCUUAUCCAUGUCAAUAAGAAAAAGGAGAUUUGGGUGAGAGGGCACCAAAGGCAGCUCCCAGUAAAGGUAUCCAAAACCUUGUCUGUAAGUGAGUCUCAGGGCACCAUCAUGAUUGUCCAGGGCUCUAGAAUAAAGAUUCUGUUCAGCCUGAGUGGGGAGGUGACGGUGACAGUCAGUGAGAGCCUGGCUAACAAUCUGUGUGCACCUUGCGGGAACUUCAACGGUGACAUCUCCGAUGACCUGCGGCUUCCCAGCGGGCAGGUUGUGGGGAACAUCACGGACGUAUUUGAAGCUUGGAGGGCGCAAAACCUCUCAAGAAGCGAUGUUUAAAAGCCACCUAAGCUGCAGUGGACCCCCGCCCCCUUUCCCUUCCCUGAGUUGGACUGUGCUGGCUGGUUUCUCAGUAACAGGUCAUAGCUUAGCACACAAAUGUGUGUUCCUUCAUGUAGGGCGCUCCCUGCAGCGCAGAUGAGUUCAGUGGCGGCUGGUGUGUGACAGAAAAAUCUCAUCUGGACUUGUCAAUAGAAAAGUUUGCAAGGUGCGUCUGAAGCAGCAGGCUCUGGCAUGCCUCAAGAAAUGGCUUUCACAUUCUGCUUGGAUCUGACUGUGCUAAGGUCCCUU